GGCUGGAAUAUGUACAUGUGAUGCGAUAAAAAGUUCCAGACAUCAAUUGGAACUAGUACGUAGUUGGCAGAAGAGGACAAUCUUGAUUCGAACUGAGAACAACGUCUGCAACUCAAGUGUGAAAAGAAAGACAGCAARAAUUUGGUCCAAAAAAUGAAAAURCAGAAAGAAGCAGGUUGGGACUGGACAAACAUAGGUUUUUACGUCGCUCUAGGACUUAUAUCAACUGGACUAGUUCAUUUUAUCGUCUCUCUGAUCAUCAUGAGGUGGCGCUCUGCCAAGCAAGUCAAAGGAUUCCCUGGCCCUGAAGCACAUUGGUUAAAAGGAAAUAUAGAUGACAUAACUUUUGAUGGCCGUGGAUURGCAUUUCAUCUGAAGUGCGCUUCUACUUACAAGACAUCGUAUAGAGUCUGGUUUGGCCCGCUAAGAUCCGCCUUGAUUCUCUGCCAUCCAGACACUGCUGGUGUCGUACUUUCCAAGAAUUCUCCUAAGGAAAGAUUUUUUUACAAGUUUCUGUAUCCUUUCCUGGGAAAUGGCCUGGGACUACAAGAAGGACAAGAAUGGGAACAUACAAGAAAGCUACUGACGCCAUCUUUCCACUUUAAGAUACUUCUGCGGUACUUUCCUGUUUUCCAGGAAUCUGCUCAGGUUCUAUUGGAUAAAUGGUCCCGCAGCAACGGAAAGGUCGAACUCUUCCAAGACAUUAGUCUCCUGACGCUUGACUCUAUCCUCAAGUGCGCCUUCAGUUACUCAAGCUCCUGCCAAACGCAAAAAAUACAAGAUGAAUACAUCGCAGCAAUAAAUGGCAUCGCGAGGGCCUUGCUGGACCGUCUACUGAACCCCGUCURUCACUUCGAUUGCAUUUAUAACCUUACAUCAGCCAAUCGAGAAUUYAUGAAAUACUGUGGCAUAAUCCAUCGGGAAUCGGACAAAGUCAUCACCAACAGAAGGCAGUUUCUCAACAACAAGUUUCAGGUGAACGGGUUUGCAAAACCUCGCUACCACGAUUUCCUGGAUAUUCUACUCGAGGCCAAGGACGAAAACGGAAUAGGACUGACAGAUGACCAGAUCCGAGCCCAGGUCAACACGUUCAUGUUUGCUGGGCACGAUACUGUUGCAAGUGCCUUGUGUUGGACRUUGUACAGCUUGGCAGUGAACGUAAAACACCAGAAGAUUUGCCAACAGGAGAUUGACGAGGCAUUCAACAACAAUGARCACAUCACAUGGGAAGCGAUCUCAAGCCUACCAUAUCUGUUCCGCUGCAUCAAGGAAUCCAUGCGACUUUACUCCCCCGUUCCUGUUAUCGCACGAACUCUUGACGAGACAUACAACAUCGAUGGAGURGACGUACCCGAAGGGACAUUUGUCCUUGCAAAUAUUUACGCAAUACACCGAAACCCUCACGUGUGGGAGAAUCCCAAUGAAUUCAAUCCAGAUCGUUUCCUGCCUGAAAAUUGUAAAGCUCGUUCGCCGUAUGCUUUCACUCCAUUCUCUGCUGGACCACGUAUUUGCAUUGGCAAGAAUUUUGGUCUCGAAGAAAUCAAGACAACCGUUGUCAUGAUUUUGCAAAAGUUUGACUUGUCUGUUGACCCCGAAGACAUGGUCGAUGAUAUGGAUCUGUUUCCAGAGCUCGUGUUAAGAAGCAAGUCUGGUGUUCGCAUUAACGUCAAACCACGUGAGAUGCCAAGCAGAUAAACUGCGCAAAAUGAUCUCCCACUAUAUAUAGUAGUAAAGGACAUGUGAUUUGAUGGGGAAAUCAUUGUCGAGAAUUAGUGAUAUUGCAAGUGAUAUCAACGUGCAAGCGACGUCAUAUCGAAGUAAUCCCGUCGCAUUAGCACGACACUUGACUAAAAACUAACCUCAUAUCGACGAUCGUAUAAAUAAACCCGAUGUACUUCCGACGUAUAUGCGACGAUAAAAAUGUAUCCGCGAUCAAUUAUCGAUUUGUUUACGAAGAAUCWUCAUUCAAAGACCUAUGGAUAAGUUAUGAUAAGAUAUCAAAUAAUAUAAUUCCAAAGAGAACGUACUGCAAUUAUCCCCGACGUAUCUGACGAGGGAAUUGCGAUUUACUACCAAUGUGUAUUGACGGAAAAUCAAUGAUCAUGUUUGAAGUUGAACCAAUUAAUUGCAAAAAAACUUAUACUAACAUAUACAUAAACUAACAAAAAUUUUAGCCACGUGUCAUUCCCUUGGUUAUUGUUUCUUUUCUUAUGCCAUGCUUGAGAAAAUACAUGAAUGAGAAAAUACAUGAAUGUGCAAAUAGCUAAAGGAAUGGCAGGUAAUCCGACAUCAGAUUACGUCUGUACCGCGGUCUGUUGUCGAUCUUAUUAGCGAUAGAUAGAGCAGCUUUCUAAUCCAGACCCAUCACAUUGCACAAGAAGAAUUUACYCUUCAUCCAAUCAAAUGUCCGAGAAACGGCGCGAUCACGGUCACGCCAAGGUCACGGAACUGCUAUUGCGCGAGAGAGAAAAAAAAUCGCCAAAGCACGCAUAUGGCACUGACUUUUUUCACAGUCAUACGAAAUCUGCUCUAUUAAGAUUUAUAGCUAUACAUAAUUUUUUCAUUGAAACAUAUCUUAUACAUUGUAUUGACUUCACCAAAAAUUAUUGAGCAUGCUUGAGGAAUCAUGAAAAAGAGUGGCCGACUCUGGAUUAUUUCAUAAUAUGCAUGGAAACCAAGCCAAUUUCCACAUUAGCUAUCACCUAGAUAAAGGACUUUUCAGUCGAGAAGAAAUUCUGACUCAUAUUCCAUAUUCGCCUUCAUCUUUAAAAGCUUUAUCGAAUGCUUGGUGKUUGAAUUUUGCGAGUAAGAAAGUGCUAAGAAGUGUUGAAGUGAGGAUCUUCAUUUAAUGACAAAUCUCUGAGACACGAUGCUGGGACUUCUUUACCYUGGGCAUAAUGGUUUCGCAAUAGAAAACACAAGAGUAUAUGUAAAAUUCAAACGUAGAAGAGAAUAACACAUGACCUGAAAAGGGCCAAAAACAUUACUGCCAAUUCAAAUUUAAUACAAUUCAAACAAAGAAUUUUCAUUUUCAAAAUAACGGCAAGUGGUCUGAAAAAGUAAAACAUUUCUCCAAACCUAAAGAGGUAUAUUUCCUUGACGUGAUAAUUUUAAGAUUAAUUUUCGCAGAGAAAGCAUUUUGCCCCUGCGAAAAGUUGCAAGAUAGAGUGUAGUCAUUAAACCCGUGAGAUAUAUGUUAGACUAAUACACUUUAGUAGACCCUAAUUCCAUUGUUUUCUUUUGUGUCUUUUUGACACGUUGAUUAGUAUUUUGUAUUUCAC